UUCGUUUUGUCAAUUUUAAUCGGAUUUCUCCAACAAAAAAAAAAAAAAAAAAAAGAAGAAGAAGCUAAAGCGACGGUAUAGAUUAUUCAAAGAAGCAAUCAUAAAGCAAUAAAUUAUAUCCAAAAACAAAAGGUUUUAAACCUCUUGAUCUCAAAAAAAUGCAGACUCCAAAAUCAAGACCCGGAUCGUUGGAGCUGCCACAUAAGAAAUCUCCUUUACCAGCUCCCAAGGUUGCUCGGAGACUCAAACCAAGCGGAGCAGAAUCCGAUCCUAAAACCAAGACACUAUCGAAAACUCAAAUCCCGAAAGUAGUAGCUGAUCGUCGCUCUCCAAGAAUCCCUCUCAAUGAGAUUCAGAAGAAGCGGACAGGAGGAAGGAUACCAGAACUGGAGUCUCAGAUAUCUCAGCUUCAAGAAGAGCUCAAGAAGGCAAAAGAAGAGCUAAACAGAUCAGAAGCAUUGAAGAAGGAAGCUCAAGAAGAAGCUGAAGAUGCCAAACAUCAGUUAAUGGAGAUCAAUGCCUCGGAAGAUUCAAGAAUUGAGGAGCUGCGCAAACUGUCACAGGAGCGAGACAAGACAUGGCAGUCUGAGCUUGAAGCUAUGCAGAGACAACAUGGAAUGGAUUCAUCUGCUUUGUCUUCUGCCAUUAAUGAAGUUCAGAAACUGAAAUCAAAGCUCUUUGAGUCCGAGUCCGAGUUAGAGCAGUCUAGAUUUGAGGCAAGGUCUUUGGAGAAACUCGUUAGACAGCUCGAGGAAGAAAGAGCAAAUAGUAUAGACUCAUCAUCAUCAAUGGAAGUGGAAGAGCUGAAAGAAGCAAUGAAUCUUGCGAGGAGUGAGAUAAGCCAACUGAAAUCUGCAGUUGAAGCAGCAGAGACAAGGUACCAAGAAGAGUAUAUACAGAGCACAUUGCAGAUAAGAAACGCUUACGAACAAACAGAGACGGUCAAGUCAAGAUAUUCACUGAGAGAGGCCGAGUUAACGGAAGAAUUGAACAGAACCAAAGGUGAAAUCGAAGAUUUGCGGGAACAGUUAAUAGAUAAGAAGAAAGAAGAUGAGCUUACGGACGCUAUGAAGAAGCUUGAAUCGGAUUUGAUGGAAGUGAGAGGGAGUUUAAUGGAUAAGGAGAUGGAGCUGCAAAUUCUAAAGAGUGCAAUGGAGAAGAAAGUGGAAACGGC